AUGGAGGACGUGGUAGGCGGUGCGAGCAGUCAGCCAGAAGUCGCAGUGCGUGCACCUCCAAGCACAGUACCGCGUGGCAGACGCCAUCGCAAAGCGCAGACGGAGUUCGUGGAAGCGCUGGAGAGGCCCAAGUCGCGAAUCGCUGCGAGCCGAUCAUUCAUUCGCCAAAUCGCGCAAUGGGGCCGAUCCAAUCCCAAGGCCGCGAUCGACCUCUCCCUCUCGCGGCGCCAUGUCCGCGCUCAAUUGCCGCUCCCUUUCCGGUUUGCUUUCUCUCGACAGCAUCUUCCGCCGUCAGCGGGGCGUUCUUCAGAUUGCCGAUGCGACGACAGCUGCACACCUUACCGUGGAUUCGAAGGAUGCUUCACGUUUCUGCCAAUCGGAUUUGGGCGUAGAAUUGAUGUGCAUUGA